AGAAGCCAGAGCAUAAUUAAAAAAGAAAAAACACAGAAAAACAACAUCACUGAAAUUAGCUUUAGCCCAAACAAUCCAUAUAAAAGUGAUAUGGAUAUAGCUAUACAGGAUGAAAAUAAAUCUACCACUCUAAACAAAGUUCAUGAAGAGGCAUUAAGUACAAGUAAAGUGCUAGUCAACAAUAUGGAAUUAGACAUUUUAGUUGAUACAACCACUUCGAACUCUACUGCUGAUACAAGAACAUCAGAUCUACGUAAUAAUGAAGAAGAACCAAACUCUAAUCCUAUGGAUGAAGAUGUGAUUUCUUUUACAACUAGCUCUGUUUUCUACACAAAAAGCACACAUAGUAGAUGCAGGUUUCAUACCAAUCUUAGAGGUAUUUUAGUGAACAACUCAGCUUUUAAAAUAGCAGCCUAUGCAGACAACCUCACAAUAGGAGUUGGUUCACCUUUGGACUGGUUGACACUUUUUAAUAUACUUGCAAAAUAUGAAAAAGCCUCCAACGCAAUUAUUAACAAAUCCAAAUCUACAUUAAUUCUUUUAACAGAUAAUGCAAGAAGAAUCGAGCUACCAAACCAACCAGGGUUUAAGCUCUUAAAUGAAAGCCAAAAUACAUUUACUGUAUUAGGCUAUGAGAUUGAUACAAAUGGCCAAUCAGAUAAAACUCUCUGGGCCAACAUGACAAAGAAGAUCAAAAACAAGAUAUAA